AUGUGGUUUGCAGUAAAAACUAAACCAUCCUGUGUUUAUGGUGCAAAACAUCUCUUUGACACUAUUAAGCGUUCAAGGUAUUUGCCACUUGAGCUGAAACAUGUAAUCGACCCUGUUAUUCAGAGUAAUGGUUAUUUUGGCCACCCGGAGAAUAUGCUGUUGACAAUGUUGACUGAUGAACGAAAAUUUAUCCGUGAGCUGGCAGUUAGGCGAAUUAUUAAAAUUAGAAAUCAAAUGGAUCUUCACACAGAAGUUCGAGCAUUCAUUUUACCCAAAUUUAACUUCGAUGCUGAAGACUAUUGUGACCUUCUUCAAACUUGGCAGGAAUUUCCUCUUACUGAACCACCUCUUUUAAAACAACUAUCUGAAGACGAUUUGCAGGAAAUUGUCAACGACUACUCCAAUUAUUUGGUAAUUACGGAAAUAAUGCAGUUCCCUUGUCACACUCAAGCUGUAGAAAGGGCAGUAUAA